AUGCCACCCGAAAGAACACCACCCAUAAUCAUCCCUCCCGCAAUCCCACCAAGCGGCCCCUCCGAAUCCUCCGCCAUCAUCUUCAUCCAUGGCUUCGGCGAUGAUGCAUUAGGCCUAGAAAGCAUAGCGCGCCAAUUCCAAUCUGCACAAAAACUACCGCACAUGACUUGGGUCCUUCCCAAUGCCCUUGAGAACCAUGAUCUUGCAUCCACAGCGUGGUACGUGCCUACGCGCCUAUCUCCGUACCCACCUUCACGCCCGGAACUCGAGGAUGAUGAAGAUGAGGAAGGGGUUAUGGCUUCAAUAGAUUAUAUUACGAGUUUAAUUGAUGACCUUGUCGCGCAAGGUGUGCCGGAGAAGAGGAUCAUUGUGGGCGGCUUCUCCCAGGGCCAUGCUAUGGCCUUAUUGACUGGGCUUGUAUCGAAGUAUUCAGGGAGGCUUGGAGGUCUAUUCGGGCUAUCGGGCUAUCUUCCACUAUCCGAGCGUAUACCAGCGCUGAGAGAAAAUGCCGGAUUACCAAAGGACGUUAACGAUGAAGUAAAUAUCUUCCUAGCGAGGGGAACAGGCGAUAGAUUGGUCCCUAAACGGCAUCAUCGAUUAUGCUACGAGAGGCUCUUCGAACUUGGCAUCAAAGAAGAAAAGACGACGAUCAAAGAGUAUGAAAACAUGGGUCAUGUCAUGAGCGGCGCCGAGCUAAGAGACUUGUGUGCGUGGCUGGAAAAGACAUUACAAUGA